AGUCUUCAAGAUAAAUUCCAUGAGUUGAGAUGUCGGUUACAAAGUAUUUUGCUGAAGAGAAAAUAUGGCGGAGUCCUACGGAACAUACUUGGAUGUUCAGUGAGAAAGCAAACUUAGGACGAAUUAUUCUGGAAGUCCUUAAUCGCCAUUCACCGAAAGUUAUUCAAAUUAGUGAUGAUAGUGGCGUUCGAAUGACCAACCGUGAGAUUGCUUCAGAUGCCGAGAAGAUUGCUGUGGGGCUGCAUCAGAGGGGUGCCAAACAGGGGGAUGUUGUGGGAUUUGUAGCUCGAAAUGGAAGUUACCUGACGACAGCUCUAAUUGCCUGUUUCUACCUUGAUUUACCAAUAAACGCAUUGGAUGUUACGCAGAAUGAAGAUGAAAUUUAUUCCAUUUUCCGAAUUACAAAACCCAAAUUUAUUUUUUGUGACGACGACAUGGUCUAUGUUGCGCAUAAAAUACUGAAGAGACUUCAAAGUUCCGCAGAUAUUGUAGUAAUUGGUAAUGAUAUGAGUGGUGAUGUUAAUAUUGAGGAAUUAAUGCAGGAAGGUGAUUCAGAUGACAUGAAAAAGAAAAUCUAUGAAGAAUCUCUAAAGGAUAUUGAAUCUAAAUACCAAAUAAUUGUUUGCUCAUCUGGAACAACUGGAUCACCUAAGGCUGUAGCUCUGCCAUAUCAUUCUGCAAUACGCCGGCAUUGGUUUACGGACAUAAAUUCCGAUCCUUCUCACGUUUUCUUCAGCUUUUGUCCACCUUUUUGGUCCCUUUUCUUUGUUAAUCUUCUAACAUGCCUGCUAUCAGGAGUUGUUCGGGUUAUAACAACGGCUCCCUUUAGUCCUGAAAUCUACGUUAAUAUUGUUGAAAAGUAUAAAGUUACGCACACCUUGAUAUCCCCAAUCUACCUCAACAGUGCUCUUGAGUCCACAAGAAUUACUCCAAAGAGUUUUUUAUCCUUGAGAACUAUCCUGUGUAUUGGGAGUCUUACAACAGAUGAUCUGGUAAGGAAAUUAGGGAUCUACGCUCUGCAUGGGAAGCUGUUCAUUGCCUAUGGAAUGUCUGAACUUGGUUCAAUUGCAAACUACCUGUAUGAGCCACCAAAGAAAGUUUGUGUUGGGAUUUUGGCACCUGGGAAUGAAAGUGUCGUCAUAGCUGAGAAUGGAGACAGGCUAGGACCAGGAGAGACUGGAGAGCUCUGCUUCCGAACUCCUCAUCAAAUGAUUGAAUACAUUGAAAAUCCCGAAGCAACAAAGAAUUCUUUUACAAAUGACGGAUUCUUCCGUACGGGAGAUCUUGGCUUCUACAGCCACGAUGGGUUCUUGCACAUUGUUGGAAGGUGCAAGGAUCUCAUUAAAUACUUCAUGUCCCACGUGUCAUGUUCAGAAAUUGAAAAAGUCAUCAAGACCCUUCCCGGUGUGCGCGAUGCGACAGUUGUGGGUAUUUCCGAUGCAACAUGCUACCAACUUCCGGCUGCCGUUGUUGCACGAAGGAAGAACUUUACAAUCAGUGCAAAUGAUAUUUAUGAAAUUGUUGCAAAGAACCUCCCUGAUAGUCAUAAACUUCGUGGAGGUAUUUACUUUGUUGAUGAUAUCCAGGUGACAUCCACGGGGAAGCACAAGAAGAGAGAAAUUGAGAAGUAUGCCACAAAGAUGUUUGAAAUGCUCAAAAGUAAUAAUGAUUAUAAAUCUGCUUGAUAUAUUAAAAAAAAAUAAAAAUAAAAGAAAUAUUUUAAAAA